UGGCGGUUGGACCCGACUGGGCUGGCGGGCGCGGGAGCCGAAGUGGAGACCGGAGCCGGCCGUGCGCAGCGGCCGCGGGAAUGGCGCGAGCCGGGCGGGCGUGGCUGCUGCUGCUGCUGGGCAUCUGGGUGGUCCUGCCAAUGUGGCUGUCCUCCACAAAGGUCUCCUCACUCAUCGAGAGAAUCGCUGACUCCAAGGACUUGAAAAAACUGCUCAGGACCCGGAAUAAUGUGUUGGUGCUUUACUCCAAAUCUGAGGCUGCAGCUGAAAGUCACCUCAGGUUGUUGUCCACUGUGGCCCAGGCGGUAAAAGGACAAGGCACCAUCUGCUGGGUAGACUGUGGUGACGCAGAGAGUAGAAAAUUGUGCAAGAAGAUGAAAGUUGACCUGAGCCCAAAGGACAAAAAGGUCGAAUUAUUCCAUUACCAGGAUGGUGCAUUUCAUACUGAAUAUAACCGAGCUGUGACAUUUAAGUCCUUCGUGGCAUUUCUGAAGGAUCCGAAGGGGCCCCCACUAUGGGAGGAAGAUCCCGGAGCCAAAGAUGUUGUCCACAUUGACAGUGAAAAGGACUUCAGACGCCUCCUGAAGAAGGAAGAGAAGCCGCUGCUGAUGAUGUUCUACGCACCCUGGUGCAGCAUGUGCAAGAGGAUGAUGCCACAUUUCCAGAAGGCUGCGACCCAAACGCGAGGCCACUCUGUGCUCGCCGGGAUGAACAUCUACCCCUCAGAGUUUGAAAACAUCAAGGAAGAGUACAACGUGCGUGGCUACCCCACCAUCUGCUAUUUUGAGAAAGGACGGUUUCUGUUCCAGUAUGAGAACUAUGGGUCCACAGCCGAGGACAUCGUGGAGUGGCUGAAGAAUCCGCAGCCGCCACAGCCCCAGGUCCCCGAGACUCCCUGGGCAGAUGAGGGCGGCUCCGUUUAUCACCUGACCGACGAAGACUUUGACCAGUUUGUGAAGGAGCACUCCUCUGUCCUCGUCAUGUUCCACGCCCCAUGGUGUGGACACUGUAAGAAAAUGAAGCCAGAGUUUGAGAAUGCAGCGGAAGUCCUCCAUGGAGAAGCAGACAGCUCUGGUGUCCUUGCAGCUGUCGAUGCUACUGUCAACAAGGCCCUCGCAGAGAGAUUCCACAUCUCUGAGUUUCCUACACUGAAGUACUUUAAGAAUGGAGAGAAAUACGCAGCGCCCAUACUUAGGACAAAGAAGAAGAUUAUUGAGUGGAUGCAAAAUCCCGAGGCCCCUCCACCCCCAGAGCCCACCUGGGAAGAGCAGCAGACCAGCGUGCUGCAUCUGGCAGGGGACAACUUCCGGGAGACCCUGAAGAAGAAGAAACACACUUUGGUCAUGUUCUAUGCCCCUUGGUGCCCCCACUGUAAGAAGGUCAUCCCGCACUUUACUGCCACUGCUGAUGCCUUCAAAGAUGACCGGAAGGUAAAGACACCCCUCCGUAUCUCUUGUCCUGCCGCCAACUCUGCCCUUCCGUUCCUUCCUCCCUUCUGGUCAUGUCCCCUUCCCAAGUAGAUUCUGCCGGGGAUUCUUGGAACUGGGAUUUUUCUUAAUAAGGUGGGAUAGAGCAAGCUGAAU